UGUGUAGUCUCGAAGAUGAGUUACAGCAUGGAAUAUCUCACGAGCUCUCCACACAGGAGUGCACAAAGUGACUUCCUCCGAUUUCAGUCUAAAAACCUCGGAUCGUCCUCUGCAGUGAUGCUGUUUUCCAGGAGCCCCCUCAGCACUGGGUCGUCUGCGUCAUUCAAACAGAACAGCCUGAUGCUUAAAAAAGAGUACAGGUCUUCUGUUCUCAGAUCCAUGGAUAGCACAGACCUUGUAAACCAAUUUAAAUUGCCGAAUAUAAACGAGAAGCAGCUUCUGCAGGGGCUUAACGAUCGCUUUGCAGGCUUUAUCGAAAAGGUUCGUCAUCUUGAAAGCCAGAACAACAUUUUGGAAAAUGAGAUUCAGGAACUGAGGCAAAAGCAAGUUUCCCUGUCCUCGCUGUCUGAAGUUUUCGAUCCUGAAAUCAAAGAUCUAAGAGAGCUUCUCAGUAACAUUACCUCUCAAAAGGCUCAGAUUGAGCUCGAGCAUCAUCAUUUGGAGGAAGAUAUUCACCUUUUGAGGGGGAGAUAUGAAGAGGAAGCUCGCAGUAGAUCAGACACCGAGGCCAGCAUUAUGAGACUGAAGAAAGAUAUUAAUGACGCACACCUCUCCAAACUGGAACUGGACAAAAAAGCGCACUCUCUGAUGGAAGAAAUACUUUUCUUGAAGAAAAAUCACCAAGAAGAGGUAUCGGAAAUGAUGGCCCAAAUCCACGAUGCGCAAGUUACUGUUGAUAUGAAAGAUUCGGGAAAGUCAGACAUCACUGCGGCUUUGAGGGAAAUCAGAAGCCAGCUUGACGGUCACACCAAUACCAACAUGCAACAAGCAGAGGAAUGUUUCAGGGCCAGGGUAGCUAAACUGACAAAAGCUGCUGAAGUGAAUAAUGAAGCUCUCCAAGUCAGAAGAGAACACAUCCACGAGCACAGACGCCAACUGCAGUCAAAAACCAUAGAGCUGGAAACAGUUAAAAGUACCAGAGAAUCUUUACAGAAGCAACUCGGUGCGCUUGAAGAGAGGCACGAUGCGGAAAUCAGUCAUUACCAGAAUGCUAUCCAACAGCUGGAGCAUGAGCUUAAACACACACAGUAUGAUAUGGCUGGUCACCUGAGGGGGUACCAGGAUCUUCUGAAUGUCAAACUGGCCCUAGAUGUGGAGAUUGCUUCCUACAGGAAACUUUUGGAAGGUGAGGAAACAAGAUUGACUUCAGUUGCUGCAGGCCAUGUUCCAGCACCACAUGAGUACAGACAAUCCUCUAUCUACACUCUGCCAAGUUUCACUAGGGAGAAAACUGCCGCUAAGAAGAUGGAGCCACAGUACAAGUUUGUUGAGGAGAUCAUCACAGAAACAACCAAAGAAGUGGAGAUUGACAACACUGAUACAGAGGAAAUAAUGAGUGAAGGAGAAAGGAUGGAAAAGGAGAGUCCAGAGGAUGAGGUGGAAACAACAGCUGACAAUCGAGAGGCUCAAGAGGAUGCACAGGAAGUGGACACUGUAGAAGCAAAGAAACACAAAGAAGAUGAACAAGAAGAGACCUCAGCUGAACCUGGGUAUGAGGAGGAAACUGCAGUUAAAAAAGGUGACAUAGAUGCAGUUGAAGCUGAAGUUACAUCUGAAGUGGUAGAAGAGAAAGAAACUUCCCAAGAUGAUAUGAGUGAUGCAGAAGACACCAAGGAGAAGAAAGAAGUAAAAGAAGAGAGCACUGAUAAAAUACAAGCCUUUGAGGAAGUGCAGAAAACUAUUGUGGAAGAAACCACAAAGGAACCUACAGAUGUAGCAGAAACAGAAACUAAAGCAGAGGCACCAGAAGAUGAACCUUUAGGAGAACCAAUAUCACGGCCCAGUGAAAUGACACAAGAAACAAAUGAAAGUGAAGAGAUACUGGUUUCAGAUAACAAAACCAAAGAGGUAAAAGAAGUAGAAAAAACAGAAGACACAAAAGGGGAAAGUUCUGUAACAAAGAAAGAAGAUAAAUCUGAAGAGAAAAGUGUCACUGCAGAGAAGGAGGAAAUUAUGCCAGAAGAGAAAAGCCCUCUUGAGGAAAAGACAGCAGAGAAAGUAAUACAUGAACACACCGAGGAGCACGAUACCAUGAAACCGAAGGAGAUGGCCAGUCCAUCGGAAUCAGAAGAACCUGACAAAACUGAAGAUAAAAUAACCACAGAUGUUAAAGUGGAUUCCAAAGAUAUUCUGAAGGAGGAGGUGGUGAGUCAGUCAAAAUCAGAAGAAGAAGAGGGUGCUUCAGAACCUGAGAAGACUGAAGAGAAAGCAACCUCAGAUAUUGAAGCAGCACAAGAAGACAUUCCAAAAGAAGAUCCUGUAAGUGAAUUAAAAUCAGAAGAAGAAAAAAAGGCUUCAAAAUCUGAGAAAGAGGUUACCAUGCAUUUCAAAGUUGAACACAAGGACCCUAUAAAAGAGGAGCUGGUCACUCAGACAAAAACUGAAGAAAAGGAUUCUUCAAAACCACACACACCUGAAGAGAAAGCACAGGCAGAUAUUAAGGUGGAACCAAAGGAUGUGCAGAAAGAGGAGCCGAUGAGCAAACAGCAAUCAGAAGAUGUUGCUUCGAUGCCUGGCACACCUGAAGAGAAAAUAAACCCAGAUAUUGAAGCAGCACAAGAAGACAUUCCAAAAGAGGACACUCUGCACAAAUUAAAAUCAGAAGAGGAGAAUUCAGAACCUGAAAAGUCUGUACAGAAGGUAACCACAGAUGUCAAAUUGGAACCCAAGAACCUCAUUAAAGAAGUCGUCACCAAGUGGUCAUCUGAAGAAAAGGAUGCUUUAAAACCACACACACCUGAAGAGAAAGAAGAUCUUCAAAAAGAGGAGUCGAUGAGCCAACAGCAAACAGAAGAUGUUGCUUCAAAGCUUGGCACACCUGAAAAGAAAACAACCCCAAGUAUCAAAGCAGAAGAAGAUGUGAAAGAAGAAACUUUGCGUGAAUUAAGGUCAGGAGAAAAGGAAACUUUGAAACCUGAAAAGACUCAAAUUAAAGUAUUCAUAGAUGACAAGGUGGAUGUUAAAGAUCAUCCAAAUAAGGAGACAGUAAGCCAAUUGAUACUAGAAAAUGUUUUGAAGGCUGUCAAACCUGAAGAGAAAGACUCAACAGACAUCAAAGUAGAAGUCAAAGAUCUUCUGAAAGAGGAGACAGUGAGCCUGGAGAAAUCAGAAGAAAAAGUUUCUCUGAAGUCUGAUAAACCUGAAGAGAAAGCAACAACAGAAAUCAAAGUAGAAACCAAGGAAAUUAAGAAAGAGGAGAUGGUUAGGGAAGAGAAAUCAGUAGAUGUUGCUCUGAAGUCUGACAAACCCAAAGAGAAAGCAACCCCAGAAGAUGAAGAGUUAAAAGCAGAGACAUUUCUAGGGGAAGGGAAAGAAGCAGAUUCAGAGGAAGACCAAAAGCCUGAAUUAACACUGACUCCAAAAGGAGAAAAGAAAGAGGAAAGCAUUACAGUAUUAAGUGAAGGAAAAGAUGAAAAACCUUCCAAUAAACAAGAGAAAUCUACAGAGGAGGAAAGGGAGGUAACAUCUGAAGAGAAAGAGAGAACACAAUCUGACACCAGUGUGGAAACAAAACCCCAGGAGAUGCCAUCAGAAAAGGAUAGCUCAAAGAUGGAGAUGCCAGAGGAUUCAAAGCAGAAGGAACUGAUUGGAGAACAAGAGAAAGUGCAGGAAAGGUCAACAAGCCCAGAUACUGAUGCAGAUAAAAAGAAGAUUGGUGAUUCCAAAGAAGAAAAAACAUUGGAGGAGGAAGUGCCAUCUCCAAAGGAAACUCCUGUAAAAGAGGACAAACUCUUCAUAGAUGACAUGGAGGAAAAGAUAAAGCCAGAGAAAAAGAUGACAGAAGGAAAAGUCACAUCCACCACACAAGAGAAUGGUCAUGAUGAAAGUGAAGACUUGAGCAAGGAGGAGACAAUCGACACAGAGGAGACAAAAGUGCCUGCAAAGGAGAGUCAGGUAGAAAAGACAAAAGCAACACAAGAAGAGCUCAAAACCUCUCAAACAGAUACAAUGCAAGACAGUGACAGCAAAAAGUAAUAUGGUAAAUAAAAAAAAAAGGUUUAAAAUAGAAAAAAUGUAUGUAUUUGUGUAAAGAAAUCAUUUAAAGAAUAUGAUUAGAUUCCUGAUGCAUGACAAUUGUAUAAUGUACCAAAUAUGAUAUCAAGCUUUGCAAAUUUGAAUGAAAGGAGAUUAAAUGUAAAUGAGUUCCAGCUCUGUAUUGGCUGUCUA